AGUGCCUCAGACCGCUCGGGAGCCCCGAGUUAAAGAGGGAAAUGUUUUAACUGGCACAGAAACACGAACGCAUAGACUCCAAGCGUCUACUUGGCAGACAGGGACGAAGAAGAAAGAGAAGAACGUGUGAUAAAGAAUAUGAUAAAUGAGCUCUGGUGGAGGUUUAGUGUACAGCUGAACCAUUCUGAGAGUAGUACGCUGCAGACUUGUCUUAGUAAUGGAUGUGUACUUCAGGGAGGGGUGGAGGGAUGGAGGGAGUCAUCAAGAGAUGAGAGAAAGGGAGGAUGAGUUAUAAUCAGCGAGGGGGGAGAGAAGACAGGGAGGGGAAAGCAAGCGAUCUACUGCGUGUUUAGGAGAGAGAGAGGCUGAGUAAAGUUUCUUACCCGGUUACAACAUUUUCCUCGCGCACAGCUGAUCCUCAACACCAAUACAUUCGCGAGCAUCGCUAGGAGGAACUCAAGGUGUGGUCAUCAUGUUGGGGGUGUGUCUGUCCGUCCUGUUGCUCCUCCCCCUGGCCACGUCCAUCCCCUCCCCCUCCAGACCUCCCCCAAGACUAUGCAGACGAUGCUGCGACCCCCUGCAGCCCCCAGAAUCCUCUGCUGCACACCCUGCCCCAGAGGUCCACACCUACAUCAACAUGACCAUACUCAAAGGUGAUAAAGGUGACAGAGGAGAUAAAGGCAUGCCAGGGAAAAAUGGUAAAGAAGGUCCCCAAGGUUACCGGGGUCCCAUGGGUCCUCAAGGGACUAAGGGCCAGGCGGGCCCGGGAGAUGCCUGUAAGACACAGCACUCCUCCUUCUCUGUAGGGAGACGUAAAUCCCUCCACAGUAUAGACUACUACCAGGCCCUAGUGUUUGACACGGUGUUCGUCAACCUCUACGAGCACUUCAACAUGUUCAAAGGUAAAUUCUACUGCUUCGUCCCAGGUAUCUACUUCUUCAACGUGAACAUCCACACGUGGAACUUCAAGGAGACCUACCUCCACCUGAUGCACAACGAUAAGGAGCAGGUGAUCCUGUACGCCCAGCCCAGUGAGAGGUCUAUCAUGCAGAGUCAGAGUGUGAUGAUGGACCUGGCGCUGAACGACGAGGUCUGGGUCAGGCUCUACAAGAGGGAGAGGGAGAACGCCGUCUAUAGUGAUGACGUGGACGUCUAUAUUACCUUUAAUGGAUACCUGGUGGCACCUAGUGUCCAGUGAUCAGGGGGGUGGGGGAGGGGGAGGGGGAGGGAGGGGGAGAACCGCCAUCUAUAGUGAUGACGUGGACGUCUAUAUUACCUUUAAUGGAUACCUGGUGGUGCCUAGUGUCCAGUGAUCAGAGUGGAGGGGGAGGGGGAGGGGAGGGAGAACGGCGUCUAUAGUGAUGACGUGGACGUCUAUAUUACCUUUAAUGGAUACCUGGUGGCGCCUAGUGUCCAGUGAUCAGAGUGGAGGGGGAGGGGGAGGAAACUCUGUGUUGGAUUUUGGUCGUUUUAUCAUGCCAAGAGAGAGAGGGAACUUGCGCCAGUGUUGGAUUUUUGAUUUUGCUUGUGCCUAUAUAGCCUUCAGUGCUCACCAAAUUCAAAUGUAAUCUGGUUUGAUUUUGGUUGUCCGUUUGCAGUGCCUUCAGUGCUCACCAAAUGGACAUUUUAGUUGUUCCUUUGUAGUGCCUUCAGUACUCACCAAAUGGAAACUCUGGGUUGAUUUUGAUUGUUCCUUUUUGGUGCUUUCAGUGCUCACCAAAUGGAAACUCUGGGUUGAUUUUGAUUGUUCCUUUUUGGUGCUUUUAGUUCUCACCAAAUGGAAACUCUGGGUUGAUUUUGAUUGUUCCUUUUUGGUGCUUUCAGUGCUCACCAAAUGGAAACUCUGGGUUGAUUUUGAUUGUUCCUUUUUGGUGCUUUUAGUUCUCACCAAAUGGAAACUCUGGGUUGAUUUUGGUUGUUCCUUUUUGGUGCUUUCAGUGCUCACCAAAUGGAAACUCUGGGUUGAUUUUGAUUGUUCCUUUUUGGUGCUUUUAGUUCUCACCAAAUGGAAACUCUGGGUUGAUUUUGAUUGUUCCUUUUUGGUGCUUUCAGUGCUCACCAAAUGGAAACUCUGGGUUGAUUUUGAUUGUUCCUUUUUGGUGCUUUCAGUUCUCACCAAAUGGAAACUCUGGGUUGGAUUUUGUUUGUACUUCCAUGGCUCCUAAAGCAGCCAAUGAUACAAAUGACCUGGGCACACGUUUUCCUCUGCCUCACGAUGUAUUCCUCUCAGGUACUUUGAAUGGGGAGGAUUGUGGGCAGUGUUGUGCAGUGUUGCAGUGUUGUGUAGUCCCAGUGAGAAAAUUUGGUUGAAAUUACAUAACUUUUUAAGCUUUUCAACGUCUUUUCAACAUAUUAUUUUGACCAAAAAAACAUUUUCAAUUACUUUUCAAUGUCUUUUGCUCAUAGGGUGGUUUUGGGACUAGACUUGAAUGGACCCUGCAUUGAACUGUUGCUAAGGUGACCUCAAGGCUUUAAAAGAGAAAAAGGAGAUAAUGCCGUACCAUAUGAAUAUAUAGAGAUUGUUGAGUAAUUCAAGAUUAUAUUGAGAUAUAUAUUGAUAACUCAGUGUUAUGUGUUUUUAUAGAGAUUUACUUUAAGCUGCAGAGCAGCUUGUAACAUGUAAAUAUUUGUAUAGAUUUUUGUUACCUAAAAUGUUUUAUCACUAGUCUGGGUGCCAGUUGGUCUUUGCUUUAGCUGAACUGUUGUUGUUGUCACGUCCUGAACACAAUACGGUACUGUUGCUGAAUGCAGUUUGAAAAGGUUCUGCAUCCAGGCUGGGCUUACCCUAACCCAAUACCACCAAAACCUGAAAGUACUGAAUUCCAUUGUAUCAAUACAACACAUACUGUAUCAGAAAAAUAUAAACCAAACAAUCAUUUUUAAAAACCCAUUCAAACUAGAAGCCCAUUCUAAACCAGACCUUCUAGAACCAUUACUCCCCCAUUGUCAGUUGAGCAGGUUGAACAGAUGCAUUCGAUCUUUCACCUAGAGGUUAAAGGUCAAACCCUGACCCCUGCCUGUUUCCCACCAUUAGAGUACACAACCCCUCGUUACUGUCAAGAUUUGAAUAUGUCCUAGUAUUGCAAUACUGGGGAAUAGGGUGCCAAAAGUAGUGCACUAUAUAGGGAAUAUAAGGUGUGUCCUAGUAUGUCAUAGUAGUGUACUAUGUAGGGAAUAUAAGGUGUGUCCUAGUAUGUCAUAGUAGUGUACUAUGUAGGGAAUAUAAGGUGUGUCCUAGUCUGUCAUAGUAGUGUACUAUGUAGGGAAUAUGGGUGUGUCCUAGUAUGUCAUAGUAGUGUACUAUGUAGGGAAUAUGGGUGCAGUCUGGGAUUAUCAGUUUUGUUUGACAGCUCCAAUGAAAAACCCAACUAAAAGCUAAAGAGAGGACAAACAACAACAUGCGGGUUGGAUGGUGACGGUUGAAUCGGUUGCCAGAUGGACGACCAUAUCUCUCCUAUUACUGAUAAUUCUGUCCUCAGUCCACAGGGACUGGGGCUAAACUGGAGAUAGAGGAGAGACCAGCUGGUGUAUUAGGACAUGACUAGAUAGCGUUGUAGCCAAUUAGAAUAGGCUUUACUGGUGUAGUUCCCUAGGCAAAAGCUCCGUAGCCAAUUAGAAGAGGCUAUAGUGGUGUAAUUCCCUAGUCAAUAGCUCUGUAGCCAAUUAGAAUAGGCUUUACUGGUGUAGUUCCCUAGGCAAAAGCUCCGUAGCCAAUUAAAAGAGGCUAUAGUGGUGUAAUUCCCUAGUCAAUAGCUCUGUAGCCAAUUAGAAGAGGCUUUACUGGUGUAGUUCCCUAGGCAAUAGCUCCGUAGCCAAUGUAAUAGCGUACCAUAGGGAUGUACAUCCUAUGGCUGUUGUACUGUAAGUACCUAUUUCCUGGAUAUCACUCAAAACCAAGAGCAGAAGUUGACACAGUUGGUUUGCUGAACCCAGGAGGCAGAACAGCAGAAAGCAUUGUGGGUUGGGUUAUUAGCAUUUACUCUGUGCCCCAAAACACAGCCAUUUAUAACCUCGCUCAAACAAUGGCUCUGUUUCCUACGCACCUCUACGAAUGCAGAUGCACUUUCAAGGAGUCCUCUGAGAGUUGUUGGUAGACGGACUCUCUAAAACUAGCCUGGUCCCAGAUCAUUUUGUGCUGUUUGGCAUGACAAUGACCCUUGCGAGACAGUACAAACAGAUCUGGAACCAGGCUACAGUAGAAGUGACAAGCAGCAGAACUCCUGUUCCUUCCUGGAUGCAUUUGAUUGGUUCUAUUAGACAGUUGUGUAGUUCUCUUGUAUUUAGCAGCACUUAGAGCCGUUUAUACCCUCAUUAAAGACAUGGACCCAGUUCAUAACAGCAACGACUCCAUCUGAGGUAAACAGUAAAGUAGCUUUGAAUCGCCCCACUAUCCUAUAAACGCCAUGCUCUAUAAAAUGAGCCAUAAAGUAAGUUGUGGUGUUAUGUUACCUGUGAAAGAGUGUUGAUAAAACUCCUGCAGUUACUGCUGUUAGAGUUCAAGGUUUAGAUGGGAGGGCGGCUGGGAGCAGUUGGUAUGACAGGCUAUGACAGGUUAUGACAGGCUAUGACAGGUCAUGACGUAUAUUAUCUCAUGCUCAUGGCAUGUUUACAAGACAGGUUUCUGAAGAAGGGUUCAAGCGGAGAGAUAGCGAGAGUUUUCAAUGACAUCAAUGACGUCCGAUUUCCCCCUGCGUCAAAGUCAGCCACAGCUUCCUCUCUAACACCCUCGCUAUCUCUCUCUAACACCCUCGCUAUCUCUCUCUCUCCAUCUGUCUCUCUCCCUCUAACACCCUCGCUAUCUCUCUCUCUCUCUCUCUCCAUCUCUGUCUCUCUCUC